ACUGUGCCACGCCCCCUCCUGACCCCUCUCCUCAGCCUCGAUCUGGUCCCGCCCGCCCCUGACGUCAUCGCGGCGCGCCCGGCGCCAGCGUCGCGCGGGGCUGCAGGCCCUCGCGAUGCCCCCCCCCGCGCGCCGAUAGAGCCCCCGGCUGCCAUGGGCCGCGCGGGCCGGCGGCUCCCCCAGCAGGGGGCGCUGUUCCAGGCGCGGCGGCGCGGGCGCGCGCGGGGCCGGAGGGCGGGGCUGGAGGCGGAGCUUCAGCAGCUGGAUUUGGGGGCAGAGGCCACAGCCCCCACUGGGACAGGACUGGUCAGUGAUGGAGGGGAUGGAGCUGAGCAUGGGGACGGCCGCCCCCCCGGGGAUCCGGUGCUGGCGGGGCUGCUGCAGCGCUGCGUCCCUGUGCAGUGCCGCACAGCCACUGAUGAGGAGCUGCUGCUGGUGCACAGCCCCUCGUACGUGGCACGACUGGAGCCCCCCGACAGCCCCCCUCAGGGGGGGUCAGGACCCCGCCGGGCUGUGGGGGCGGCGCUGGCGCUGCUGGAGCAGGUUCUGGGGGGGAACCUGCGCAAUGGGGUGGCGCUGAUCAGCUCCCAGGAUGCCCAGGACCCCCCUGAGCCCACGGCUGUGGCCACGCGGGUGGCGCAGAAACACCUGGGGGUGCAGCGUGUCCUGAUCGUGGAUUGGAGCCCCCGGCCCGGGCGGAGCCUCCCCCAGCUCUUCCAGGAGGACCCCAGUGUGCUAUAUUUCGGGGCUCGAUCGGGCCUGGAGCCACCCCCGAGCGCCGGGCAGGGGCCCGGAGAGGGGUUCAGCGUGGAGCUGUGCUGGGAGCAGCCCGGUGUCACCGAUGGGGAUUUUGCCGCUGCCGCUUUCCACAUCCUGCUGCCCAUCGCCUUCCAGUUCCAGCCCCAGCUCGUCCUGGUCGAGGCCUCGCUGGAGGAUUUGGGGGGGUCCCUGGGGGUGUCCCCGGCCGGGUUCUCUCUCCUGACCCACCUGCUCUCGGCCCUGGCAAGGGGGCGGCUGCUGCUGCUGCUGCAGGGGGGCCCGGAUUUGGGGGCGUCCCCGGGGGGGGUGGGGGCCGUGCUGCGGACCUUGCUGGGGGACCCCGGGGACCCCCCCGGGCCCAUCACCCCCACCCCCAGCGGCCUGGCCAGCAUCGCCCGCACCCUGAGUGAGCACCAGCGCUACUGGGGCUGCCUGCAGAGUGACGAGGCCGAGGAGGAGGAGGAAGAAGAGGGAGAGGAGGAGGAAGGAGAGGAGGGAGAGGAAGGAGAGGAAGAAGGUGGGGAGGAAGAAGAGGAGGAUGAGGAAGAGGAAAAGGAGGAGCUGGAGGGGGAUGGGAACCCCCCAGAGACCCCAGCCAGAGCCAGAGUGGGGCUGGUGUAUGACCCACGGAUGGAGGAGCACAGGAACACCUGGGACAGCCAGCACCCCGAGUGCCCGCAGCGCCUGGCGCGGGUGCUGCAGCGCCUGCAGGAGCUGGGGCUCGCCCAGCGCUGCUUCCGCCUGCCCGCCCGGCCCGCCAGCACCCGGCAGCUGCGGGCCUGCCACACCCGCUCGCAUGUGCGGGCGCUGUCGCGGAUCCCGUCUCUGUCGCCACGGGCGCUGCGCGCACUCUCGCAGCGCUACAACAGCGUGUUCGUGUGCGCGGGCUCGUUCCACUGCGCGCGCCUGGCCGCAGGGGGAGCGUGCGCGGCGGCGGCGGCCGUGCUGCGGGGACAGGUGCGCUCGGCCCUGGCCGUGGUGCGCCCCCCAGGUCACCACGCCUGCCCGGGCUCUGCCGGGGGCUUCUGCCUCUUCAACAACGUGGGGGUGGCAGCGCGGCACGCCCAGAGCCUGGCAGGGACCCCCGCCCCCCUCAGGGUGCUGAUCCUGGACUGGGACGUUCACCACGGCAACGGCACCCAGGAGAUCUUCGAGGAGGACCCCAGUGUCCUAUACGUGUCCCUGCACCGCCAUGACGGCUCCUUCUUCCCGGGGGGUCCCGGGGGGUCCCCGCGGCGGCGGGGGAGGGGCCCCGGCUGCGGCUUCACCCUCAACGUGGGCUGGGGGGGGCCCCGCGUGGGGGACCCCGAGUACCUGGCAGCCCUGACCCGGCUGGUGCUGCCCGUGGCUCUCCAGUUCGGGCCGGAGCUGGUGCUGGUGUCGGCUGGGUUCGACGCGGGCCGGGGGGACCCCCUGGGGGGGUGCCUGGUGUCCCCUCAGACCUUCGGCCUCAUGACCCACCUGCUGGGGGCGCUGGCGGGAGGGCGGCUCGUGCUUGUGCUCGAGGGCGGGUACAACCUGGCGGUGACAGCCGAGGGAGUGGGGCAGUGCCUGGGGGUCUUGCUCGGGGACCCCCCCUCGCUGCCGCCCCCCGGGAGCCCCCAGCCCGCGGCACUGCGAGCGCUGAGCCGCACCCUGCGAGCCCAGCGGGGCUGCUGGAGCUGCCUGCGCCUGCCCCGCGUUGAGCCCUCCCAAGAGUCCCCCAAGGAGGGGAAGGUCAGCGAUGACAUCAUACCCCCUGCAGAUGACGUCACGGGGUCGCCACCCCUGGACGCCGCCAUUCGCCGCUUGGGGGCGCUGCAGCUGGGGGACCCCCCGGGGGGCGGAGCUGUGCCGGGGGCGGGGCCUGAGCCAGGCCCCGCCCACACCGCAGCGGCCGCGAGUGCCCCCUGCUGGGAGGAGGAGCUGGAGGAGGGGGCGCUGUUCGCUGUGACGCCGCUGCAGGAGUGCCCCCACCUGGGGGCCGUGGCCCCGCCCCCCCCCCCGGGGGAUCCCUGGGGGAGCUGCUGCCCCCACCCUGUGCGACCUGCGGCAGCCGCCGUGAGAACUGGCUGUGCCUGAGCUGCCACCAGGUGCAGUGUGGCCGCUAUGUUGAGGGGCACAUGCUGCAGCACGGGGGGGACUCGGGGCACCCGUUGGUGCUGAGCCUGCGUGACCUUGCGGCCUGGUGCUAUCCAUGCGGGGGCUACGUGACGCACCCGGUGCUGCUCCCCACCAAGACCUUCAUCUACCGCCUCAAAUUCGGCACUGACCCCCCCACCUCGUCCUUUUGAGCCCAUCCCCUACCCCAUCCAUCCCCCCACUAUUAAAGGGCUACACAUGUGCCAUUCCCCCCCCCCACCAUCACCAGCACCCCGGGACCCCAGAACCCCACCUGGGCCAAAGGCUGGGCCGGACCCAGGGAUGGGGGAGGGGCAGAGCGGGGGGGGCACCUCCCCCCUCAAAUCACCGCGGGGGGGGCACACGGGGGGACCCCGAGUUUUGUAUCCCCCUCCCCUUUUCUGGAGGGUUUUGUACAACCCCUUUGUUACACCGUGACUCCAAUAAAGACACUGGGCGAGG